GUGCGUGACACGGUGACAGAGCGCUCGUUCAGCAGGCUUUAGCGCCAUCUAGUGGAGCGGAUGGACACCGCAACUUGCUUUUCUGAGGGCCUUUCAGAUCAACGUUUGCUGGGGAUUGAAAAUGUACUGCAAAUUACGACAGGUUUUGAGGUGUUUAUUGACUUUAGUUCAUCGCGAGUGUAAACGGUCAGGAGGUCUGUUGGUCGUCACGAGGGCGCUCUGUGAAUCUCCGGCGAUUUUAACUGUAUCUGCUGCUGGUGCUUGGUGUAGUAAAGUUUCUGAGUCUGCUUUGAAGGAGGCUAUGGAAAGACUUUCUUCACAGGUCCCACCCUGUGAGUGUGUUCAUCAGGAGGAGCUUCAGAUGUUUACUGACAAUUUUGGGUCUUUAUUUUUUACCUAUUCUUUUCACGCUACUAGUCAGUCAGUGGAGGAAGAACAGGCGAAGAUCCAAACAUUUCUGCACAGACUCAGUCUGGUUCAUGCGCAGGUGGAAAUCAUCUUUGAGAUUAGGACAGAUUCAACUACACACAAGCAAAUGUUCAGUGGAGAGACAGGAAGUAAAGUUUCAGUGAUGGAUCACAGCAUUUCUAUGGACAUUGCUGCAUACGGACAGAAUCCAUUUUCUGUGCAACGUUUCCCAUCCUGUCCACAAAUGCACCCAGUAUUGGGAGACACAAUGAAUUGUGUGCUCCCCACUGACAUAAUAGAGGCUGGACUGUGUGGGGAAAUGAGCAUGGUUACCAUGGCAACACUUGCACCCUGUAUGGAUCAGUAUUCCAACUGGCCCAUUCAUCUCUCAUGCAUACGGAUGCUAGUGUACAGUCCAUGUGGCAUGCCUCUAAUGCAACAAACACAGAUGAGUUUCCUACAGAGUUUGGCUUCUUCACUCUCCUGGGCAGAUCUCGGCCUUUCUAAAGUCUGUUGUAUGGAAGCACAAAACAUCCAGGGCUGUCUGUGUUCUGAUGUAGAAUUCUCUGUUGAAACCGACUACAGUCAGGAAACAAGAUGUAGUGAUGCUGUAGAACAGACUCUGACUGUCUUCAUUUUCACUCAGUACUCUGACCUCUUCCGCUCCCAGAUCCCUGACUUUAUAAGCAGUGAGGAACUUUUCGAGAGACACUUGGAUGCAGUUUUUUGGUACAACGGAGAUCAAGUGAGGGCGACUCUACAGUCUACCAUGAUAAAAACUCUGAAAGGAUUCCAGCAAAGACAUGCUGCCAGGCAGAAGUUGGAUUCUGCCAUAUCCAUCGUCUUGAGCUCAGUGAACAGUAUAAUUGCCAGCAGCAGCAGUGGAGAGUUUCGAAGAGCCUGUUUUGAUAGCAUGAGGGUCAAGAGCUCCUGUGAGUUACAUGUAUCUCUUCAACAGUCGCUUCAAAGCGUUGUGGAUGGGCGCUUUGCUCCAAAGCGCACGUGUAACAAUGAAAUGGUGGAGGAGGCUGUAAGCACUGAACAAAGUAGUUUUGACAGCUGGGAGAAAGCAUUUGAAAAUCUGCCAGAACUGUCUUCUAAGAGGAUUCACCAUGACCUUGAAUCCUUCAGCUUUAUCCCGGAGAAGAAGCAAUGCUCAGAGCCAUUCUCUGAGUAUUCAGACCCCUUCGUGAAGAGUACCUUUGAGGCAGCAAACAUCCAGAGAAGUUCUCUGUCCCCUAUACAGCUUCCUCAAAGUCAGCAAACUGGAAUGAUCGCAGACAUACCCUCAGCGUUGAGCCUGGCUAAACUAAAUAAUGAACAGGUGGAGAAGCAGAUUCAGUGUGUGUCUCCAGGACUUGCCACAGAGAGGAUGUUCCCCUGCCUGGCCUAUAGACCAUGGAAAGUCCUCUGCCGGGUCUACCUGCAACACCGAGCCCCUCUGUCUCCGAGACCAUUCAAAAUAGCAAAGCCAUGUUUUGGUUGGCAAAGUGGAGAGGGGGUUCACAAACUCUGGUUUAGCUUCCCUGAUUCCAGAGUCACUUCCUUAACGUGGACACAGGUCCAGAACUGUUCCACAUCAAGCGGUGGUAAAGACGGAUCUCCAGCAGGCCCUGUAGAGCCAAAACCCACUGAGAACACACAAGCUGCACAGCCCUCUGCAAAAAUAGCUGGUGCUAAAGUUAGCUCUGAAUCCAAACCUCAAGGUCUGACGAAAGCAGAGAGUAUUCAAGUGAAAGUACGGGCUGUCCUGAAAAAAAGGGAAUAUGGCGUCAAAUACACCCAGAAUAAUUUCAUCACCGCAGUUAGAGCUAUGAACGAGUUCUGCCUCAAACCCAGUGACCUUGAGCAGCUUAGGAAAAUCCGUCGACGUAGUCCCCAUGAUGAUACAGAAGCAUUUACCGUCUUCCUGCGAUCAGAUGUGGAGGCAAAAGCGCUGGAUGUAUGGGGAAGUCAAGAGGCACUCACUCGAGAGAGGAAUCUCAGGAAAGCGGUGGAAAAGGAGUACCAAGAAAGCACAUUUAGAAAUCAGCAGCUGUUGAAGGAAUACAAAGACUUCUGGGGAAACACAAAGCCUCGGUCUAGGAAGAGAGCAACAUUUCUAGAAGGACCGGGAAAAGUGGUGAUGGUAGCUAUAUGCAUAAAUGGCCUGAACUUUUUCUUUAAGCUGUUGGCGUGGGUUUAUACGGGAUCUGCCAGUAUGUUUUCAGAAGCCAUCCACUCGCUGGCUGAUACCUGCAAUCAGGCUCUUCUUGCACUAGGCAUCAGUCAGUCUGCCCGGAACCCAGAUGCCAUCCAUCCGUACGGCUUCUCCAACAUGCGUUACAUCGCUUCUCUCAUCAGCGGAGUGGGCAUCUUCAUGAUGGGUGCUGGCUUGUCCUGGUAUCAUGGCAUUAUGGGACUCCUGCACCCUCAGCAAAUGGAAUCACUGCUCUGGGCAUACUGUAUUUUAGCAGGGUCUCUGGUAUCUGAAGGAGCUACACUAUUAGUGGCCAUUAAUGAGAUUAAGAAGAGUGCACGUAAACAAGGCGUGUCCUUUUAUGAGUACGUGAUGCAAAGUCGUGACCCCAGCACUAACGUGGUCCUGUUGGAGGACGCUGCUGCUGUACUCGGAGUGAUGCUGGCAGCUGGAUGUAUGGGACUUACAUCUCUUACAGGUAACCCCUACUAUGACAGUCUCGGUUCUCUGGGCGUGGGCACCCUGUUAGGAACAGUGUCUGCGUUCCUCAUUUACACUAACACAGAGGCUCUGCUGGGCCGCUCCAUCCAGGCCGAGCAUGUGCAGAAGCUCACAGAGUUAUUAGAAAACGAUCCUGCUGUCAGGGCGAUUCAUGAUGUCAAAGCCACAGAUUUGGGGCUGAGCAAAGUACGCUUCAAGGCGGAGGUGGACUUUGAUGGGCGGGUGGUGACACGCUCCUACCUAGAGAAGCAAGACAUUGACCAGAUUCUCAACGAAAUUCAGCAGGUGAAGACACCAGAGGAGCUGGAGAACUUUAUGCUGAAGCACGGGGAGAACAUUAUUGAUACCUUAGGAGCAGAGGUGGACCGUCUGGAGAAGGAACUUAAGCAACGUAAUCCUGAGGUGCGGCAUGUGGAUCUGGAGAUUUUAUAAUGGAUGGAUGAAGUGGAAGGAGAACUAAUCAAAUCUUGAGUGACCUCCCGUCCUGUUCUUUCCAAACAGCCAAUCAGCUGAGGUCUUAAGUUACACCUAUCCCACAUCACCAAAGCACUAACCGGUACAUGGUUUCAGUAGCUUGUUAAAAUAGCAAAACCUUAGCCAAUACAAACAGAACUCCAACUGGAUGGAGACAUGGCCAAUAAAGAUUAUUUUACAGUCAUUGGACUACAGUUCUAGAUGGAAGUUUGUACCAUCAGAACCUUAAAAUCAUGUCCAUGAAUUAUAAAAGGACCACUGUCUUAUUUCAUUUUACUCUUUGCAAGCAAAGCAGCAUAAACACUCAUAUUUCACAAGAGUUCUCACAUAACACCAAGCUAUUGGUGAACAGGAUAUCUAGAAAUAGUUCACAUGAAGGGAAACAGAACUAUUUCCAUUCUGCUAUCUAAAACCACAGGUUUAAAUUAUAUGUAGAAAUAUUUCCCAUGUUACUCUGAUGCUUUCUGGAUUUACAGAGAUGAUGGCAUGUUCAAGCGAUGCCAUUAUCAUUAAAUGGAAUGAGCUGAUUUGUUGAAUGUUUGAGUAAGUUUCAAAAAGAAUAAACGGUAAUUAUAAUCUACUGCAAAAAAAAAAAAAAAAAAAUCCAGUUUAAAUUCAUGUUUUAAAAACUUUAGGUUCUUUUGUUAUUUCCAUUUAUUUAAAAUAGAUGAAAAUAGUACUAAUAACAGAUUUAAAAACAAAAUGUGUAUUCUAAACUAUAUUGAUGUAUUAUAUCCACAUUUAUCAUUAAUGAGAGAACUAUAGAAUCAUGUUGGUAUCCAUCGCCCAUGUCUGAUGAGGACUGCUCAGAUCUUCACAUCCUUCCUAUGCUAACAGUACUAAUGUCCUUAAGCUGCUUUUGGGAUACUGUUUACGCUGUAAUUUUGUGUGAAUGAAUGAAUGAAGAAAAAGACAGAUCUGUGUUUCUAAAGUCACUAAAAACAUUCUGGGUUGGCAUUGUUGAUUUGCCACCCAGUUUGUGAACACUAGGCCAUGUUUUUUUCCGUUGUAAAUAAUUCCUGACUGUGAGAAUACAACUCUCCGGUUUUGACAUCUGAAAAAGAAGCAUCCAGCCCUUUGAAAUAGCCUCAUUACACAUGCAAACAGUACAUUUUGUGGUAGUUAUGUGCUCUCUUGUGCUGAAGUCUAACCUGUGUAAGGUUUUUAAACAUUGUAAUGUGAUCAGAGCUUCAUCUCCCCCUAGGAACAGUCAGACAUUUCUAUAUCUAAUGCAGGUUGGAUGAACACAUUCAAGGUUAAAAAGUUCAAAUUUGUUUUGGAAAAGGCUUUAAGAAGACUAUAUAUAUUUUAAAUAUGUUUGACUGUGUCAGAUUGCUAUUUGGUUAGAUCUUUUGAGCUGUUUGGAGCUACUGAAGAAAUUUGAUUAAUAAAUUGCAAUUAAUUUAUUAAA